AUGGUCGUUCGUAACGUGUCUGCCCUGGCGGUUUACGACAAAACGUUCGUCUACAGUAACGAUGACCUUCUAGCCGGGAUUUUGGUUUCUACGGUAAGUUAUUUUCAAUGACAAAUGUUCUAAAUAUCGUAAAUACUGUAUUAGAAUAACGAAAGACGCGAGAGUUUUAAGUAGUUUAAAAAAAAGUCAAAGUUUAGGAGUGCGUGCUCGGCUUCCAACUCCUCGUCCUCGUCAUAAUCGGCAGCUACCGUAUCCCGGCGCUCAAAUCUCCGUUCGGUUUUCUGAUGAUCAACCAGAACUGCGCUCAACUCGUCGCCUGCGCCAACAGCGGACUCUUCUACAUUCUCGGAGUUGUUUUGUAUGAGAAAAGUGCGAAAAAAGUGGAAUUUUAGAGGUUUUCAGCAACAUUGACCUGAUUGUGAACCGUGGAAAUUGGUUCGGAAACUUGAGCAUCUACCUGCUCCCCGUCAUCCUCGCCAGUUUCUUUUUGAUGUCGCUCAAUCGGUUCUGUGCCUCGGUUUUUCCAUUCAAAUACACAAAGAUCUACUCGUAAGCCACAUUUCUUAUUGGUUUUUGUAAAGAGCAUAUUCAGAUCCAAUAAGCUCCGUUUCUACGUUAUCGUCAAUUGGUUCCUUCCCGUCCUAGCGUCAUUUUAUCUUCUCGUAGCUCGUAACACUUUUAAAGAGUCAUAUCUCAGCUGUCUGUAGAGAUAUCAAAAAGUUGUCAACUGAUAAAAUGUACAAAAUGUUUUAAUGAACAACUUAUCAGUUGACAAUAUUUUGAUAUCUCCACCGGCAGCUGAGAUAUUUACAUUUCAAAACUGUUCAUUUUUAGGCGACUGCACAUUCGCCUUUUAUCACUUUGGCUGGGUGUUCACUGAAGGCGUUCGCAACGAGGUAACUUAUCCAAAUUUUAAGAAAACAGCCGUUUCUUCUAGAACUGUGGCACCGCAAUUGUCUUCUACGCAAUGGUUGUCCAGCUCAUUUUGUGCAUUCUCAUUUUCAGCCUCGACUUGAUUACCUUAGUGAUUUUGAUGGCUUUUAAGGUGAACUGGGCCUCAUUUUCAUUUUCAUUUAUCUCAAUUUUGUCUCUAUAGACCAAGAUUUACAUGGGAACACACAGCAAAGAAGUGCGACGGCGGGAGAUCAAUUUCGGAAUACAGGUCCUAAAAAACACAAGGCCCGCCAGACACCCCUUCAAUUUUUUAAUGUUUUCAGGUGCUUAUUCAAGGCGUCGUCUUUGUGAUGCACGGUUUCUGGUACGACAUGGGCUACAAUUGGAUCCCCGGCGAUUCGGAGAAAUGGAAAAUCUUCUUGACCACCUCCUUCUCCUCCAAUCUUCUUCACAUCUUUGAUCCGUACGUUUGGGAUGACAUUUUAUGAAAAUUCAAUGAUUUUCUUGCAGUCUGGUCGUGUUUAUCUUCAACUCCGAGUUUCGAAAAUGGAUUUUAAUCAGGUGCACCACCGCGAAAAACCAGCGCAAAUCGACCUUCGUCUCGGCGAUUAG